AUGGGGGACUUAGCUCCUUUCGAUGAAGCCGAGGCAGGCUUCGGGGAGCAGCAGAAGGGCAUCAUCGAGAGCUGGGGCUGCAGCGACGCCUCGGUGGUUUACGACUCCGAGGGCGGCAAGGACCUCAACAUUGCCGAGGCGUCAGUCGCCAAAGCCUGCAGCAUCCAGCAUCAGGGCAGCAGCAAGAGUCACGUAGCUAUGGGUUCCUGCGACUUCGCGUUGCUUCCCCGCAUCGUGGGGGAGACCUACUACGGCAUCGUAGGGCCCUGCGGGGGUCACACGGGGGACUACCACUUCCACCGGGGCUUCGGGUGCUUGUACCAGGAGAGCGGCAGCCACUCCACCAAGGUGGGCGUUGUUGCUGGAUACAACCUCUACGGCAAAUGGGAGGACUACGCCAACAACCAGCUGCCGCUGCUGGACGCCUGCGGCGCUCACUUCGGGCCCACGCCCGAGAGCUCGAGCAACGUGUACCACUACCACGUGCAAGACCAGGCGCCGUUCACGGUGGGCUGCUACGGGCCCUCUGCCUCCAACGGCCUGGUGUCGGUGGCGGAGUGCCGGGCUCUGUACCCCAAGUGCGACAACGACGGGGGCGCUGGCACCGCCAUCGAGACCCACGCAGGCACUGUGACCUACGACAAAUUUUGCCCGUGCUGGGACGGCGCGGGGUCCAAUAUGGGCACCAACAUCGUGGAGCUGCCUGCGCUCAGCACCUCCGCUAUCUCCUACACCGCAGGCCCGACCACCACCACCACGUGGACCGCCAUCUCCAGCGCCAGCACCGCGCGAAUGUCGAAGCUUUUUAGCCUCACGGCAGCCGUCUUCACCCUCCUGGUACGCUGAAGCGCAGCGUCGCGAUGAACUUUCGUGAGUAGCCACGGUUUCCCAUGGACAAUCCAAAGCAGUGAGAUGAGCCAGACUCUGCGUUCCUCUCUG